AUGACCUUACGGUAUUUAUUUAAUAUUGUGCACGAUAGUCACGAUAAAGACGCUGUAACAAGAGAAGGUUUUGAUUCGUAUCAGCUAUCGCCUACUUGUUCAAAUAGUGAAAAGGCAGAAGAACAAAAAGAAAAAAAGAUAUCGAAGUUGUUGCAGAAGAAGGAUGUCAACACUUUGAGGAGUAUGGGACUGGGUCCUCUGGGUUUUGUGAAUAACACACUCAGAAAGGAUUGCUGGUAUGAGUUGUUGAAGUCGCAAGUCCAUAUUGAUAAUACUAUAGAGUAUAUGCCACGAGUGGAUAAGCAUAAGGAUGAGUACCAGGUGAUACUGGAUGCAGAAAGGUCUUUCGGGGGAAUUGUCGACCAGAACUUGAAAUCGCAGUUGAAAAGGCUACUGGUGGAACUAAUUAAUCGAAUAUUGAGAAAAUACCCGAUGUUAAAUUACUACCAAGGUUACCAUGAUAUUGUAUGUGUUUUCAUUAUGUGUUUUAGUUGGGAUGUAGUGGAAGAGAAGGGGCUGGUGCCGGAAAAUGACUUGUUACGAGACAAAAUUGAUAUGGAAAAGCUCACUUAUUGCGUUGAAGCCUUUACACUAUUAUACUUGAGAGAUUUUAUGAUGAACUCGCUAGAUUUUUCAUUUGAACAACUGAGGGUUAUCUCUGCAUUGAUAAAGGAGUCUAGUCCGGAAUUCUAUAGUGUAUUUAACUUUGAUGAAAAUGAACCUCUCUUCGCUAUUGGAUCCGUACUGACAAUAUUCGCACAUAAUUUGAAACCAAUCAAAAGCGGUGACACCAACCUCCAUAAAAUCCUUUUUCAGAUUUUUGAUAUGACAAUAUCCUUGCAAUCUAUGCAUUUACCUUUAAUCAUAUACAAGAAUUUGCUGUUACAAAAUGCUCCAGAAAUCAUGAAACAAAUAGAAGCGAAUUCUGAUGUUUUCGAGAAUGAUUUUGACUUACGCCAUGGUGUUAUACAAACAGUGUUACAGCAAAAACUAUGUGAUGAGUCGCUUUGGGAAGAAGUCCUGCAAAUAACUAGGCACGAUUCGGCUACUGCUAGCAAGAAGGUUUUAAAAAGGGUGCGUCUAAACAAAUAUAGCACAUUACUCAAUACAGCAUGUGGCAAACCGGGAAGCUUCAAAGUGGCUACCAUCAUAUUUUAUCUGAACGAACAAACAAAGAUGAACGAGCGUUAUAAAAAAGAAAAAUAUCAUGGUGUUCCAACUAAAUCCAAAGCAAAGGCACUAGUUCAACGACUUGGUCAUUUUUUACCCUCCAAAUAUAAUAAGUGGAGUAGAGUUUCAUUACUAAUCGGUAUAGUAGCUAUCUUAUAUCAUUUACGGACCACAAGAUCUCUAAGUUUACUGCUCAGCCUACGCUACAUGGUUUCCACGAAAUUGAAAGACUUAUCGCAUAUGAACAUAAAUAUGCGCCUGAUAAAUCACAUAUGGAUGGACCCCAUUAGGGAUAUUUUGAAACUUGGACACCCAACUAGAUAA